AUGAGGGUCAAGCUCCCUCCAGCCUGGAGGAGGAGCGCUUGCAGGGCGGGGGCAGGCGCAGUCCGUUCCCACAAUUCCCUGCCCCCGCAGCCGCCCCGCUGGGGCUGGAGGCACCGGCCCAUCAACGUGAACCACUACGCCAACAAGAAGAGUGCGGCCGAGAGCAUGCUGGACAUCGCGCUGCUGAUGGCCAACGCGUCCCAGCUGAAGGCCGUGGUGGAGCAGGGCCCCAGCUUCGCCUUCUACGUGCCCCUGGUGGUGCUCAUCUCCAUCUCGCUGGCUCUGCAGAUCGGCGUGGGCGUACUGCUCAUCUUCCUAGUCAAGUAUGACCUUAACAACCCAGCCAAGCACGCCAAGCUGGAUUUCCUCAACAACCUGGCCACUGGCCUGGUGUUCAUCAUCGUGGUGGUCAACAUCUUCAUCACAGCCUUCGGGGUCCAGAAGCCCAUACUGGACGUGGCGCCCCGGCAGUAGGCCACCCAGGAUCCUGGAUCGCACCUGCCCUGCAGCCUGGCUGCCCUGGCCCCAGGAGCUGCUGCACCCGCAAGGCGUCCACCUCCCUGCGUGAGGCCUUCCCGAAACUGCCUAAGCCUAGGCCAGCCUUAUCGGGACCAAGUCCCCAACCAGCCACUGAUCCGACUGUGAUUGAGGGCGCUCCCGGCUCGGCUCUCAUCCAGGGAGGCACCUCCCUCUGGCAAGGGGCUAGGGGGCUGGCCACGAAAGCCCAGAGGUCAGACUGGACAGCUACAGAGACCAGGGCCCAGAUGAGGGUCCCAGCCCACCCAGAGACACGCAGCCGGUCCGUGGAUGGGCUGGAGAGGGGCCAGGGCCGGCCUCUUUCUCAGGACAUUCCGGAAGGACAAGGAGACGCCUGCCCUCUGCCAAUGCACCAGCAUCCCCACCUCCCGGGGGGCCUGCCUGGUCACCCUGGUGAACCCCGCCUCUGCCCACUUCCUAGUCCAGGACACCCAGCAGCCAGAACCGCCCUUGGGCCCUGGGGGUGGCCACUGGCUCUGGCCACAGUGCCUAGUCUUGGUGGCCAUCAGGAAGGAGCUGGCCGACAGGGGCCGCAGGCCCUGCGCACACCCUCCACCAGCAGUGAUGGGCAGAGCCCUGCCCCUCUGCGGGGGUCCAAGCACCCACUUUUCUAAUCAUGAAUGACCAAUAAAGCACCUGCCCCUUGGUGCCAGG